UCUCAGUACAUUCCCUGUACUGUGGACUGUGAUACCAUUAUGGAAUUCAAUCUGUUUCUAUGGCCAUUCCAAAGGAACCAUGGAUUGCAAUGGUUCCUAAAACUUAUCUGCUGACUGUGCUGUAUUAGUAGUGAAUGUCACAGAAAUGGGACCUUGGUCACCUCUCUGUGCCUUUCUUCUGAUUUUCUUCAUCCAUGGUACCUGUUCCCAAAAAUGCCUUUGUGCCCGUGGCUUUUGUGAGAGAGGCUGGGUGCAGUAUCAGAAUACCUGCUAUAAAGCUGUGAAGGAAAAAAUGACCUGGACCGAUGCUGAGAUGGCUUGCCAGAGUUAUGGCAGGAAUUCCCACCUAGCCUCCAUCCACAGCACGGAAGAGAAUGACUUCAUUUUUCACUUGAUGGACAAGCCAACAGAUUACACCAAGGGACAGGCCUAUUGGAUUGGUGCUCAUGACACUUUCAAGGAAGGAAUCUUUGUGUGGACAGAUGGUUCCAGAUUCGAUUUCCGGACAUUUUCUCCUCCACAACCUGAUGGACUGCCCGGUGAAAACUACCUGGCAUCUUGGUUUUUGCUCAAUGGAUUUGUCACCUGGAAUGACUAUGUUGUUUCAUGGAAAUUCAUGUCUGUUUGCAAAUACUACUUGGAAAGCAGUUGCUGCGUAUCACAAGGACCAUGCAAGGCUGACAUGAAAUCGUCAACAUGAAAAGAUGCAUAAGGCCAAAUUCUGUCUCCAAGAUUACUUAAUGAUAUUUCUUCUUCCUGUGACAACCACCUUAAUUUGUUCCUUUGUUUCUCUGCAUAGUAUUGCAGUGUUAUGCAGGGUCCUUUUGAGACAUCCACACUUAUUGAAGACCAAAGCCCUGGCCAGUGGCCUCCAUACAACAGGGAGCGAUGACAUUAUAAACCCCUAAGAAAAAGGGGGUGAGACCUAAUUGUGACAGCCUAUUGGUGCAACAGCCUUUCCAUUAGUGCAGAUAUGGGGAACCUAUCACCUUCCACAUUUUGCUGGACUGGAAACUCCCAUCAUACCUCACCAUUGGCUAUGCUGGCUGGGGCUGAUGAGAACUGUAGUCCCAUAGUGUUUGGAGGGCUACAGGUUCCCUAUCCCUGUACUAUCAGGAGCCCCAUGCUUAACGUAGCACAACAGCCACAUUCAGUGGGUAGCUUGGGCCAGUAGAAAUUUUGCACACUGCUAACCUAUCAUACAUUGCUUUGUGCCAUUAUUGCACAAUUAAAAUAGAUUGCACAGCAAUGCCAACUCUCCUGCUUCUUGGGCUAGUGUGAUGUUGCGUCUUGUCUAAAGCCUCACGUAGCUGGACUGAGAUGGAUGAUAAUUUAACACCCCUCCUAAAAUGCUUCUUCUAGACCAAGGAUUGAGUUUUGUUUUUGAUAAAUGUGUAACCGAUCGGUUAAUUUUUGGAAUAAAUGUGUGGGCUUCAUAGCUGAUUUAGCCAAGAGGAUAGCAGCAUGAUGAGCAGCCCUGACAUCCUCUGUCUCUGCAAGAGAUGUGGCAGAUCUGAAAUGACUGCAGGUGACUUUUUAACUUUUUAAUCAGUGUCACACCUACAUCAUUACUAGGGAGGAACUGGGAUUCUAAAUGAGCAUUGCUGUCUGCUAAGCAUACCACUGUCAUAGUUAGUAGUAAAUGAUCACUUUCUGUAUUGAAGUCAACCUGAAAAUGGUCAACAUACCUAUGUGAUAAUUGUGAGAUUGCUAUACAGUCAAUUACGCUGUCACCAUAUGUAAAACAUUAGGUAUAUUUGCCAUGCUAGGCUCUAUCAGCAUAAUCAUUCAGUGUUUCCAAAUCCCUCCACCUAGUAAAUUCAGCUAAACUGAGUCCCAUAUAAAUAUAUUUGAUAUGUUUCGAAGAUGGAGAACUGUCCCAAUCAAUGCAAGUGUCUAGUUCCAAAAUGUUGUGGUGAUGGGCAUAUAAACAUGAAUCCUGGGCUCCCACAUGUGCACUAAAAUUUCCUGCAAUAACAAAAAUUGCAGCAGGAUAUAAAGAUUCCAGUAUAGGUGUCUAAUUUUGCCCAAGUAUUUUUCACAAUUGAUUUUUUUAGAACAGGGUACUGUAUAAACAACCAUCAGAUGAUUUCUGAGAGCUUAGUAAGAAUAGCAACUGCAGAAGGCUUACAAGAAAUCAUCGGAAUUGUGAGUGCCUUAACAUUUGUUGAAGUUAAAAACGUUAAACCUCCAGUGGCCCUAUCUCCUUUAG